AUGAUGUUGAUGCGCGAAAGCGCACCUUUCUGUGCAGAUUUAAAGUCCGAUGCGACCUCGAUUUCCCUAACCGAAGGCAGCGACUGUACGUCAUCCAUUGUUCAACCGCGUCGUAGCGGUUCGAUCAAGUACUUGGAUUGUCUUAUCCCCCCUGCCGAUCCCCAGCAUCCGCUUCAGUUUAUACAUAAAACCAAAGCUGAAGAAGCCGAUGCUACAGGCAAUGGAAUUGUUCGUGGGCAUUCUUCACUUCCCUACCAGCAACGACAAUUGCAACAUUCCCGCUCAUCAGUGUGCCAGUAUGAAUAUGCCAACUUGAGUAACUCUUCGGCCACUUACCCGCUGCGGCCAUCGCUUCAUUACUCGGACAGCUCCGGCAACAAAAGUAUUCGUCCAUAUCCGUACGAAGUACACGCCAGAGAGCCAAACAUGGCUUUCAAACGCCGCCGAUGCACUAUCAGCGGCUCUAGUAAUUGUAAGCGCUGCCGGAUUGUGAAUUGCGGCAAGAUCUCGGUAAGUCGAGGUCUUUGCCGCGGACAUGGCGGCGGCCGGCGCUGUCAACAUGCUGACUGCACAAAGGGCGCUCAAAGCCGCAGUGAGUUUUGUUGGGCUCAUGGCGGAGGUCAGCGAUGCGAAGUCAAGUGCUGCAUGCGCAGCCGCAAAUCCAAGCGCUUCUGCGUGGCGCAUCUCAAUUGGGAGACCACUGCGGUGGCGCCUACAACUCCGACUUGCUCCCAUCUCGAGGCGCUUCCUGUUCGCAUGCAGCUUUUGACGCCUGUCGGACUCAACAAAAUAUCGCCUGCGAGCUCUACAGCUUUGAAAGGAUCGCCAAGUCUUCCAAGUCUGCUCCAGGCAUUGCGCAACACGAAAUCGUAUAUGACAAAGAUGGAUUAA